GAGGUAACAAUGUACCGCUGAAGCGGAAGAGCUAACAAAAAAUAAUAUAAAAAAAAAUCUAAGGGAAAAGCCGCAGGAAAAGAAGAGGGGCGAGUUGCAGACGAUAGGGAAGAAUCUUGUUGUGAUUUGAAAGACUCGUCUUUUCUUCCAGAUACUCGUUUUUUUAAAGCGUUCUAGAUCGAGGGAGAAAUAGAGGAGAGAGAGAAGGAGUGAAGAGUAGAGUGGAUCGGGUUUCUCCGAGGCUCUUAGUAAAUAAAGUCUUGAAUGUGAUCUUCUACGAGUGUAGCUUUUCAUAACUGGCGACAAGAGACAGAAGUCAGAAUAUUGACUUGUCUUAGAGGGACUAACAAGGACGACAGUCUUCAAAGUGUUCCAUCUAGAGUGAACAGUCAGGUUGCCCAACGUUAUACGUAGUGUAUUUUACUAUGUGGCAUAUGUUGUAGCGGGGGGAGUCAAAAUGAAGGGUUAGAUAUUUUUGUUUCUAUCCUGGUUUCUGAGCUUAUCCAAAAUAAGUGACAUAACAUGUGCUGAGCUUCAUGCUUGAAAAAUGGCUAAUUGUACGAACUUGGUACGAAAUUGGGCAGCACUUUGAAUAAGUUUGGCAGAUCGCACAGGAGUUUUACGAAAACAAAGAACAAAAAUAAAGACUAAAAUUGUCAAAUUAAAAUGGACACUAGUCCAGGUACAUUGAUGGAUAGUGCCGGACUACUGACCAGUUCCAACACGUGCAUGGUCAAUAACGAUCGAUCUGUCUCCAAUUUGACCAUGUUAUCUUCGUCUAUGUCUACCAAUCUUAGCGGCAACACUAUUGAGACGAACAACAGGCUCAAUACCUCCGCCAUGAACAAAUCCAGCAGCAACCCUGGCAGCAAAAGCAAUAGCAUCAUCUUCAACAACAACAACAACAGCCCAGACCUCAAGCCGUCCUCUCCUGCGUCCUCCACUACGGACCUGCUGUCUGGGAAAAAAUUAGCGUUUUCUCCGGAACAGGUGGCCUGCGUCUGCGAGGCCCUCCAGCAGAAGAACGACAUCGACCGUCUGGCCAGGUUUUUGUGGUCGCUGCCUCCCAGCGAGCUUCUACGGGGGAGCGAAGCGGUACUCAAAGCCCGAGCGAUGGUGGCCUUUCACAGGGGAAGCUACCGCGAACUGUACGCCAUCCUGGAGAGCCACACGUUCGAGAAUUCCAACCACGCAUUUCUGCAGCAGCUGUGGUACAAGGCACACUACAUGGAAGCCCAAAAGAUCAGGGGCAGGCCGCUCGGUGCGGUGGACAAGUACAGACUACGGAGGAAGUACCCGCUUCCAAAGACCAUCUGGGACGGGGAAGAGACCAUCUAUUGCUUCAAAGAAAAAUCCCGACAAGCGCUAAAGGACUGCUACAAACAAAACAAAUAUCCCACACCGGACGAGAAACGGAGUUUGGCCAAAAACACCGGACUUACUCUUACUCAGGUUAGCAACUGGUUUAAAAACAGAAGGCAAAGAGAUCGAACCCCUCACACAGUUCAACACAUGCAAGACGCCUUCUGUCGGGAUAUGAGCGAAGAGAGUAUGAAACACGCCAUGCAGCAAAUGUGCGGAAUGGCAGGGCCUCACCAGAGCGCCAUGAUGCACGGCCACCACAUGGACUACAAUCGAGACUUUGGCAUGCAGUCCAAGAUUAUGGACGACAUGAGGGGCCCCAUCUCAAUGCCGCUGGUCAAGAGCGAGAGCACGCCUUUCCCGCCCCACUUCCUGUGCUCGCCACAGUCCGUCGAGCGGCACCACCACCACCACGCCCAUAACCUGCACCCACACCACCCGCACCAUCAUCACCACCACCCAGCGGUGCCGCCGGUUUGAC